AUGAUACCUUUUAAUACACCCCGUCAAUUUUCGUAUGAUUCGUAUCAACCAAGUUACGCUCAAUACUUUCCUACUAACCCCCCGAAUGAUGAAAAUGGGGGCAAUAAGGAUAGUAUCAGAUACCAUGAGACUAAUACCAUGAAUAAUGCCAAUAUGAAUAAUGGGUUAAGAAUAAAUUAUAGAUCUAAUAGCGAAUUUGGCAUGAAUUUUGCCCCAAUAGCUUAUACUCCUGAAAGAAAUGGGUUUGGUCCGACAAUUGGCAAACACAAGAAGAGUAAGUCACUUCCGAAAACACAAUUCCCCUUGAUCAAUAAGUUCCAGAAUAGGCUGAAUAAGACACCCACCAAGACACAUGGUAAUUCAGAGGUUCAUAUGUCCAACAAAGUUAACUUUCCUGUGCAUCAGCUAAGUUUGGAUAUUCCACUGGAAAAUAUCGCUAGCGUACAAUCCAUUUACCCUCAGAUUGAGACAAAGAAAUAUUCUACAUCUGCAAUUGAUCCAUUGAGGAUUUAUGUCACUGUUUUCGAAUAUAGCAUUAACAGCCAUUGGAUCAUUUGGGAUUAUGAGACGGGAUUUGUCCACUUAACAGGUAUCUGGAAAGCGUCAAUAAACGAUGAAGUUAAUACCCACAGAAAUUUGAAGGCUGAUAUUGUUAAGCUACUUGAAUCCACCCCUAAACAAUACCACCAGCAUAUAAAACGCAUCAGAGGGGGUUUUUUGAAGAUCCAAGGAACCUGGUUGCCAUUUGAUUUAUGUAAAAUGUUAGCCAAACGAUUUUGCUACCAUAUAAGAUUUCAAUUGAUCCCUAUUUUUGGAAACACAUUCCCUCUGGAGUGUUUAACGCCAGAUGAUAAAGGUUUUGGGGAAUUAAAAUUGGACGAAUAUAUGAAUGGCAGUGUCGUGGAGUCUAGACAAGGAAAAAAGACUCACAAAGUAGUUAAGCGCCAAUCAAAUUCAUUAUUGGAAUCUCCUGUCAUCAAAAGAGCAUCAUCAGCAUCUUAUUUGCCAAUGCCAAUGACAAAUCAGUUUCUGAAUCCAAAUUCUAUUCCCAUUUAUAAUACUCCUCAACGCUUACCUCAAUUCACCUUUCCUCAAACGACAGGAUUAUACAGCCAACCGUACCAAUAUCAAGAGAAUACCCCUCAGUAUGCAUUAUCUUCCUUAACUCACAAUUCUAACUCAUCAAGUCUUUCAAUUCCCCAGAGCCAAGCGGCCACAGUACCAUCGACACAAAGCUUGUCAUUACAUACUCCUUAUCAAACGACUAUGCACAUACUGCCAAACUCUCAGCUAUCUUCUGCACUGUAUCAUAGUCCACAUAGCCUUGCACAUACGGCUGAGAAUACUUUUCAUACCCCUAACCAAAUGCCGCAACAUUCGUUUCGUACACCUAGUCAUACCAAUCUGAUCGCUGAGAAUCUGGCAGAACAUACUCCUUCUUCAGAUAUGUCUUACCACGACAUGAUAGAUUUAGUCAACGCAUCAAAGUGUCUUCAAUCGUUAAGUCAGACUCAAAUCUCACCUAUUUCGCACGAACCACUUUCAAAUAGAGAUUACGUCGCAUCAAUUCCAAAGAGUCCUACCAGUAAUGGAAAUGGAAUUUCUUCUAUUCUUCUUGCAGCCGGUGUUAGCGAGGAUCGCCCUCAACCAUCCAAUCAUUCAAGAAGGAUUAGCAUGAAAAUAAAUGAUAUUUUAUCUUGA